CAGUAGAUUUUGUUAUUUACCCGUUCCCCCGGUUAACAACUACCAAAUAACAGAGCUUCCGCCGCUUUUCGCUCAAUACUUCAUCGACCAAACAUUCCGCCCUUCCACUAGCUCAUAUAUACCAGUAUCUUUGCUCAACAUUGACCUUGUCCAGAGGAAUACUGAUUACAACUGACAUAACCUCAACGUCAUCCUCCGGCAGUGACGUUGCUCAAUUAUGAGGAUAGACUCUCGUGAUAGUUGAUGCCCCAGGUGCUGUGAUAAUGUCAGUAAUGAAGUAACAAAUAACCGACAAUCAUGUCCUUUCUCAAAUUGAUUUUGGACAGUGCUCUAGUAUGGAUUUAUACCGAAACCAUUUGGUUCGUUCUCAUAUCCACAUUAUUCUAUUUAUCGUUGCCCUGGAUAUUCUGGGGUACGUUAGCAAUUCUCGUUGCACUCUGGUUCAUCAAGAAUGUCCCUGUGGAUGAGAGAACUGUUCACCAAGUAUUGGGAGUUGAUCCGUAUAACAUUGAGGAUGGUAAUGGUCAUGGGGGAGAGUAUUGCAUGAGGGUAGUCGCACAUCGGGGUGGAGGAUACGAUUAUCCGGAGAACAGCCUCUCAGCUUUUCGUAAUAGCAAAGAAAAGGGCUGCAGCGCUGUAGAAUUCGACCUGACAUUCACCAAAGACCACAUUCCAAUAAUCUUUCACGAUGAAACCGUGGAGAGACUCACUGGGAGGCCAGGAGUUGUUAAAGAGAUGACGUGGGAAGAGUUGAAGCAACUCGAUAUCACGUUCAAUCAUCCAUUAAAGGAAAAAUUCAACGGGGGGGAAAGGAUAGCUCUAUUCAGCGACACAAUCGAGCAGUGUCUGCAGCAUGACCUGAGAGUGUUCAUUGAUAUCAAGGAAACGAGCCUUGAUAUUGUUUCGGUGAUCUUGGAGGCUUACAAAAAACAUCCGGAGUUGUAUAGAAAGGCUGUCAUCACCAGCUUUUAUCCGUUUAUUGUUUAUAUGAUAAGAAGAAAAGACUCGAACAUUGUAGGGUGCCUCUCCUACAGACCGAGAAUAUUCUCCACUGUUUCAUACUCAGGUCUCAAGGAUUCAGGCCCAGCGAGAUACUCGAAUCCAAUUCAACACACCAUUGCUCGACUCUUAGACACAUUGCACGACUGGGCAUUGACUAGAUUCACCUAUUACGUCAUCGGUAUAUCUGUCAUCCUGUUGCAUAAAGACAUCAUAAGUCCAAAAAUAAUCGCAGAAUGGCGACGACGAGGGAUUCGUGUAAUAGCUUGGAGUGUAAAUUUACCAUCUGAGAAACUACAUUUCUCAAAAACCCUGAAAAUUGCGUAUUUGACUGACACACUUCUAGCCGAGAAAAUAACAUGAGAAUGUUAACAAAUUUCGUAUUUUGUCAUACUGUACGACUUAAGCAAUUAAGAGAAGCGCAAGGGCACAUUUUUGUAUUAUCGCAGUAUUACGAGUACCUUGAAACUAUUUUAUUCAACGACAAUUGGAAUAUCGUCUAGUCUAGUCUAGUAUGUCAAUUCCAUUAUUUAUCGAUAAACUUGAAAGAGAAAUUUUUUAUUUACAAUAAUAUUGUAUUUCACGGCAGCUCAGCAAUUUCUAUCGUUUACAUACGAAUGAGUUGAAUGUUUAUUUUAAUUAUGGAAAAAUUGUAAUAAACAUGUAAGAAUAAAUUUGAUUUGCAACAAAA